AUAAACGCGCGCGCGCACACUCUGUUUCUUUCGCCACGCCUCUGUUUUUCCUUUCCUUUUCCCCUCGCUCCUCGUUCUCCUCGGAGCAAGUGAGUGAGAGUUGCUAGCUAGUGGAAGUAUGUUUGCCAAAAGACGCACCAUCUCGCACAGCCUCGUCCACCAGCAGCAGCAGCAGCAGGGCUCCUUUUUUCCGCCUCUGCGCUCCUAGGUUAGGAGGAGAGGGGCUUUUCAAAGGAGAGCGCAAAAGAGAAAGUACUUGCAUACCCCAACAAGGCAACCGGCUCCUGCCUUUUUCUUCCCCCUCUCCCUCUCUUUGUUUCUCUCCCCCUGGUUUCCCUUUCCUGUUGUUAUCUUCAGCCGCCCCAGCCAGGGGAAGAACAACAAACAGCAAGAGGAGAGCAGAGGAGCUCCCAGCGAAGACAGAGAGGGGAGCCAUGUGGGAUCUCAAUGACUCGCCGGCGGCGGAGGCGGCGCCGCCGCCGUCCCCGCCGUCCGUCGACGACUCCGGCGCCUCGUCGUCGUCCGCCGCCGCCCUGGUCGAGAUACCCGACGACGACGACUCCGCCGUCCUCACGCGCCAGUUCUUCCCCCCGGCCGUCGUCCCCGGCGAGCCCGCCCCAGGAGUCGCCGACGCCGCUCGGGCGGGGUGGCUGCGUCUCGCCGGCGCGCCGCCGCCCGCCACCGCGUCGUCCGGCGGAGGCGCCGCCGCGGCCGCCGCCGUGGGGAAGAAGAGCCGGCGCGGGCCCCGGUCGCGCAGCUCGCAGUACCGCGGCGUCACCUUCUACCGCCGGACGGGGCGGUGGGAGUCGCACAUAUGGGAUUGUGGCAAGCAGGUCUAUUUGGGUGGAUUUGACACUGCUCAUGCCGCGGCUCGGGCCUACGAUCGGGCGGCGAUCAAGUUCCGCGGCGUGGAAGCCGACAUCAAUUUUAGCCUGGACGAUUACGACGACAUUAAGCAGAUGGGCAAUCUGACCAAGGAGGAGUUCGUCCACGUGCUCCGGCGGCAGAGCACGGGGUUCCCCAGGGGCAGCUCCAAGUACAGGGGCGUCACGCUCCACAAGUGCGGCAGAUGGGAGGCCCGGAUGGGCCAGUUCCUCGGCAAGAAGUACGUCUACUUGGGCCUGUUUGACACGGAGGAGGAAGCUGCCAGGUCGUACGAUCGCGCUGCCAUCAAGUGCAACGGCAAGGAUGCGGUCACGAACUUCGAUCCCAGCAUUUACGCCGAGGAGUUCGAGCCGACGGCUGCGACGGACGACGGCGAGCAAAACCUGGACUUGUCGCUCGGGAGCUCGGCGGGGUCCAAAAGGGGCAUUCUUGACGGCGGCGACGACGACAGCGCCGCGGGGUCUGACCAGCGCGUCCCCAUGGCGUUCGAGCUCGACUGGCAGGCGGCGGCGCGGAGCACCAAGGCCAAGUUGGACCAAAAUUUGAAGCAUCAGCAGAUGCCCCCUCCCGGCCUGCAAGCCUCCCACCUGCCGUUUAGUCCCAGGCAUCACCAAUUCGUGAGCAACGGAGGCGAUCCGGGGACAGCGGGAGGCCUGUCGCUGACGGUCGGCGGCACGAGCGGCGGAGCAGGGCACUGGCAUCCGCACCUCCAGCAGCAGCAGCAACAGAGGCUGCAUGGCGUCUGGGGCAACAAUGGCGUCGGCGGCGGCGCUGGCACGAGCUGGCCGCCGCCGCCGUCGCCGGUGCCGCACCCGGCGGCGCCGCCGAGCAACGCCGCCGCAGCCGCGGCAGCAGCAGCAGCAUCAUCACGAUUCCCACCCUACAUCGCAUCGCAAGCCCAGAGCUGGCUUCAGAAGAACGGGUUCCACUCCCUCGCCAGACCCACCUAGCUCUCGUUACAGCUAGCCAAAAAAAAAUUUGAUCAAGAACAGCAAGCCCUUUCGAUCAUGGCCUCUUCUCCAGGAGGACGAAGAUCAAGAGGAAGGAUUUCAUUCCUCAACCUCACGACUAUUACCAGCAGAACGACUACUGGACACUAUUGAUUCUUUUUUCUUUCCCCAACAUUUCUUGUUUUUCCUUCUUUCUUGCUCUGUCUUUCUCGAUUGGGUGAGAGAGAUGGAUCGAUCCGAGGAUGGAUGGACAUGAGAGCGAGAGCAAAGGGCAUUGUAAAUGAGGAGUGGAGAUUAUCCCCAGAAGGGGAUAGAUCGAGAGAGAGAUUGGCAGUAGUGGACUGCCUAGCUAGCUAGCUUUGAGGGAGGGUCACCUCUCAACUCACUCGAGAAGCAUUCAGUGUGUGUGUUGUGUAUCUUUUGGCGCUUUUUCCAUUCUUACCGUGGCCAACAGCGAUGAGUCGGGGGUGUCCACAUCACAGCUCAUUUUGUUUGGUCUCA